AUGACGCAGGGCGAGAUGCCAUUGCGAAUCAUUGUCGUCGGUGCCGGCAUUGCUGGUCUGACUGCAUCGCUCUAUCUCCAGAGGCUAGGCAUUGACCAUAUCGUUUUGGAAAAGUAUGCAGACGUCGCACCGCCAACGGGCGGAGCCAUCUCCAUGUGGCCGCAUGGCAUGCGGAUACUGUCUCAGAUUGGAUGUCUGGAUGCCAUCAAGCUUGCUUCUGUGCCAUACACCCGUGUCCUGAAUUGUGCUCCAGAUGGUAGUUUGAUGCAGGACAGCUCAUUGUUGCACAUUGUUGAGGAAAAUCAUGGAAUUGGUACGUAUCCGCUGGAGAGACGGAAAUUUUUGCAGAUUCUAUACGACGCCCUCCCAGACAAGUCAUUUAUCGUGACUCAAGCUGAGGUCACCGAUGUGUUGGAGUUUCCCGAUAAGGUUGAAGUACACCUCGCCAACGGCACGGUCCAGACGGGUGAUCUGGUUCUCGGCUGUGACGGUGUGCACAGUUUGAUUAGAAGCAUCAUGUGGGACCACGCGGACAAGAAAUCGCCAGGUCUUAUAAAAGCUGAAGAGCAGACUUCUCUUGAGACAAGAUAUAAGACACUUCUUGUCAAUGCACCAGCGUUUCCAGAGCUCGGAGUGGGCAAUCUGAUCUUUUCUCACGGAAAGGGCAUUUGCUGUAUCACUGUGUGUCAGCCAGAUGCUACAUACGUUUUUUGCAUCUUUACCCUCGACGAACCCUUGACUGGACUCGCGCGCCAGCGCUACACUACCAAGGAUGCCGAAGACUUGGCGCAGCUCGCCAGUGAUAAACCGAUUGCCAAUGGCUUAGUAUUUUCCGACAUUUGGAAACGCCGUACUCGUGCAUCUGUACUCUCGCUUGAAGAGGGCUUGUUGGAGCACUGGCAUCAUGAUCGUAUCUGUCUCGUUGGUGACGCUGUGCAUAAAGUUCAGCCAAAUAUGGCACUAGGGGGUAACGCAGCUAUAGAGGGCGCAGCAUCGGUCAUCAACAAUAUUCAACGCGUUCUGCAGAUGUGCCGCGGCCCAAAGCCUAGUAGCACCUCCCUCAAUUCUGCCUUCUCUGAGUACCAGAAGGAGCAAUACCAGCGCAUGAAGGAACUCGUGGGUCUCUGCGCCAUGGUGGCAAAGAUACACACGUAUGCUACACCGUGGCACAGAGCCCUGUCAGAUUGGCUUCUCCCCCUGUUGGGUGACAAGAUUCUUCCGGGCCUAUUGAGCAGUUUUAUUGCCAACGCCCCAAUGAUGGAGUUCCUUCCCGCUGCAGACCUCCCAGAUGGGAAUUUUGCUUGGGUUCAUCAGGGAACUUGCGAGGCCAACUGA